UCUGAACUUCAAGAGCUUCUUUCAAAUUCACUUGAAUUCACUUCUGAGCACCGAGCGAGUUGUGCUUGGGCCUUUUUUUCCAUCUUGCAACGUCACUCUUUGGGCUUUGGUGUAUUUGGCUGUUCUGUUGCUGCGAAUAUACUGACGUUUUCUUUCAACAUCAAUACGGUGUCGGCCCAAUAUAUCAACAUCUUGGUCGCUCACUAUUCGAAAGAACCCUGGUCAUCCAGGCGCUCGUAGCCCCAACAACGCCAUUAUCCAAUACAGUUUUUUCAGCCACAAAAGUAUAGUUGAAAGAAAGACAGAGUGUAAGCUCGUCGCCCGCACAUCAUCAUGGCGACGCCUGCCGCUCCCGAGGGCGCUGCGCCAGCCGACCAUCGCCCUGCUCUCACGGUCGAGGAGCUCUGCUUUGCCUCGGCCAUGAGCUGCUUUGAGGGGUGGCUUAAAAUGGAUCCUGCUAUCGGUCCUCGUACCAUGUCCUACGUGACCAAGUUCAUUUCCAGGACUUUGGAAAAGACACACAACUUGAAAGAAGUCCGAGAAACGCUGUCAAGAAGUGUGGAAGUAUGGGUGUGGCUCACAAAGUCCUUCGCCGCCGCGCUUCCUAGUUUGACAACGCGGUCGAUUGGUCCUCUGCAGAGCCUCAAUGACCCCGAAAAGGGCAUCACCCCCCAGGAGAGCACCGCUCUCAUUACCAAAAACUACACGUCACUUAAAGAGGACCUGCAAUUGUUGAUCAAGUUGAUGCACAUUGCAAGGAACCUGCUGGUUGUCCCCGAACCAGAGAUUCCCCAGGAUCUGUGCGCUGCGGCCCAGUUUGACAAGAUGCUCUACCAGACCAUCACCCUCUGUGUCAACGUCACUAGCAAGGCCUACGAUGGCGAUAUCUUGGAGGAGACUGCUCGCCACAAGCUCAGCGAGAUUACCGAGCUGUAUAAGAAACUCCUCAUUACUUGUCUGCAGCAAGCCCACAACUGGAUCGCCAAGAACGACAGGAACAAGAUGUCAUUUUGGUGUGCUGUUUUGUUCGACGACGAGUCUGGCGAGGAACAGCAGGAUGCUGGUGCCCAGUUCGCCGACUUCCGCCCCGAUGUCGCCAAGAUGGAGGUCCACAACUGGAUCGAGCGCAACUCUAGGAUGUGCGACAAGGCUCGGCAAUUACUGAUUGAUUACCAACGGAACUUGGGCUCUCGCGGAUCCCCUCCUGGAAGUCUACCCGAAAAUUCCGUCUUGUCGUGGAACUGGAUGCCCCAUGUUCGUCCGCGAGCCGACGAUAUCGGCGAAGAGACCAAGAUCACGCCACAGUGGAAGGAGGACGAACAAGACAAGUUUGAACAAGACAGGCUUUACGGCCGCGUGUCAAGGGAAGUCGACACCUGGUGGCUCAAGGUGCGGGAUCCCAACUACGACGAAUGGAUCAUUUCGAUGCCUUCGGUCGAAAAGGCUCACCAGCUUAUUGAGGGUUGCAAGCUUAGCUCGCUAAACCGGUAUCCUCAUUCGUUUCGUAACGAGGACCAGGAGGGCUCAGUUCAUUCCGCUGAGGAUGUCCAGUUACCGGAGCAUCAGGGCCCCGAGGGAGAAAUUCGGGAUGAUCGCCACUACAACCUCCCGGACUACAAUGACGACAUGAUCGAGGACGAGGAUGCUGACGAUGACGAGUCGUAUGGUGAAGGCCCCAUGAGCGGCUUGCUCACCGAAGUUCCCAACAUUCUUGAUCCCAAGCAAAUCGAGGCACUUCACAUGAUUGUGAAAUCCUGCAUUCUCGAUAGUGCAGGCAUCUCACUCAGUCGGGCUGGUGAGAACUUGCAGAAGACGAGAUGCAGAAUGUUCCUGUCUCUCGAGUGCGGCAGGAGUCUGUUGCGUGAGAUCUUGGUGUUCAUUGCCGUGUGGGAAAAGAGUGAGCAGUCUCUCAUUUUCCAGCUUACCACUCAAAUUGUCGAAGCCAUCCACCACAGUGCUUUGAUCCCAUUUGCGUGGCAGUCGUUGCGUAUUCCCAAAGACAUUAUCUCGCCCGCCCAGACUGUUCUGCUUCGUCUGGUGAACAACAUGUUCCGGACACGUCUUCAGGACCCGAUACAGCCCGGUUCCAAGGGACAUCUGCGGGAUAUCAAGCUCCUGCAGUUUCUUUACAUCCAGUUCCGCACUCGCAUAGUACCCGAGUGUACCGCUCUCAUGCACCUCCAGGCGCAAAUCCGCAAUGAGACGUGCGAUCCUGUCGACUUUCCUGUCGACAGCUGGGAUAUGGAAAGGGCCAAGGACGGUCUUCAGCAGUUCCUUGACCUGCUGAUGACGGUGAAUGAGCCCAUCGAGUGGAGGACGUGUCUUAUUCAAUGGGAGGCCGUGUUCGAUCUUCUUGUCCUCCUCAAGAGCCUUGAGUCUGCCGUGCCGAAGAAGCCCAUGGUUGACCUCCCUGACCGCUCUGCUCACCGGCGCCCCCCUCCGCCUCACGACGAUGACCGGGAGUCCCAUGACUACGACAGCGCCGAUCCGCCCCCGCCACCCCCUCCUCCCCCUAUUCAGGAACAUGCUCACAAGUUCCCCUGGGCUGGCAUCAAGGGCCAAAUCCUCCACAUCAUUGCUGGACUCCUGCAGCCAGAAGCGGGACGCAGUGGCCCCGGCAACCCCGUGGUUCAGAAGCAAAUCCUCCAGCACAAUGGCAUCAUCAGCUUGCUGAACUGCUGCGUUUACGACGAUCAUAACAGGUUCGCGCGCGAACGCGUGCAGAUUUGCCUUAAGUGGCUCAUGGACGGCUCUGCAGAGGCCAACAAGGUCUUGCACGACCUAGUAGCCGUCUCGCCACCACCCAACCUCCAGUCCGCACCCGACGCCAGCGGACUCACUCAGCCUGUCCCUCUUCGCGUCGACGGUAUCGCCGGCGAGGUGAAGGUCCGCGUUAAGUCCAACAAUGCUCCGCCCGGCUCCUCCCCCUCCUCAUCUGCGCAGCAGCAGCAACAACACCACCCGUCGGCGGCCCAUCAACAAUAUCCCCCCCGCCCGUCCAGCGCAGCUAGCAACGAGAGCGGGAUCACCACCAAUUCCAACACCAGCACCUCCAGCAGCACCCACGACCACGACCAUCUUUCAUCACAAGCAGCUCCUAGCGCCAGCAACAACAACAAGAACAACAACACCCACACCCACCAACCCCCGGCUCGCGUCCACGGCCCUGCCCCUCCUCCACCAACUCCUCCUUCCGCACUCACCCUUCCCUCCCUCGCCUCCCCUCUCAUUUCCGUCUCCCCUUCGGACUACGAGCGUUUCACCAAGGCGUACAUGAACGCGCUUCCGCCGCUGCACAGCGCCGCCACCGGUGUUCCCGGUGUCGGUGGACAUCUGAACCAUCCGAUGAUGCAGGCUGUCAGGAACCAUGGCGGUAGACCGGAGGAUCUGUUCAAGGAUAUCUUGACGCUGGCGGAUGAGGCGGCGAGGUUGGCGAUUGGUCAGCCGCCUUUUGUGUCGCCGAGUGGGUCGGGAAUCGGAAGCGGAAGUGGAAGCGGAAGUGGGUCGAGACAGAGGGACGCCGAAGAGACGGAGGAGGAGGACUUUAUGUGAGUUUGAUGGUGCGGAAGGAAAAUUGGUGUGACGAAUGUGGCGUUUACUGGCUUGAGGGACUUGAUAGUUUCGAAUCUCAGGUAGCAUUUGAAGGUGCAUGCGGGUUUGUGUAUUUACCAUAGAUCGGAAAAGGAUAGGUUUACGGAAGGAACCAUAGGAAAAGCAAUUAGUCACAGAUUCGUUAUCAGAUACUUGUGAACUCCG